ACGAUUUACAAAAAUAUAAAGAAUUAAUAACUGAAAAUGUUGACAAAAAAAAUAUUCGAUAUAUAGUUUUUCAAUAUGAAUAUACUAAAACAAGUAAAAAACAUAUCCAAGGUUUUUGUAUGCUAUGGACACAAUUGAGAUUGGGAAAUUAUAAAUAUGGUAAAAAAGCUUCAACGAUUAAAAGUAUUUUUCAAGACAAAGAAAUGCACGUUGAUUAUCAUAAUGGAACGUUUGAAGACGUGAUUAAAUAUUGUAAGAAAGAUAGAAAUCAUUGUUCAAAACAUCAUCCUUUUUGUAAGUGUGAUUUUUUUGAUUUAACAAAAAUAUGUGACAAAUGUAAUGAAAGUUGUUUGGAAUUUCGAACAUUCGCGCGCAUUGAUGAUAAUUCCGGUCCCUUUGAAUUUGGAGAAUUGCCGAGAAAUAAUAACGUAGAAGGAUUCAAUCAACAUUUAGAAGAACAAAAAAAAAUACAUAAACAAACAAUUGAAGAUAUCAAAGAACAAAUCAACCCGAUAAAUAAAAUUGUUAUAGAUGCUUUUGUUAAUUCGGGAACAGUACCGCAUAUUAUAAAAGAACUUUACAACAUGAUUCGAGAUAGUCAAAAGAAAUCGUUCAAAAGAUGCUUCACUCCAUGCAAUAUCUAUAUUUAUGGUGACUCGAGAACUGGAAAGGAUUACUUGACACAAAUACUUUUCUCUGAUGCAUAUCACAAGUUGCAAAAUGACGGAAUAUGGUUUCAAGGAUAUGACGAAAAUAAAGUUUUCGUGUUUGAUGAUUUUUAUAAUCAUAACAUGGAAUUUUCUACUCUAUUGACAUUAAUCGAUAACAAACCACACACUGUGCAGAAAAAAGGCGGGUAUCUGAACUUUUGUUCAUUUGUAAAUAUAUUCACAUCAAAUACAUCUUUGCGAAAUCAAUAUGUCUAUUUCGAAAAUACCCCAUAUUUUGGAAAUGAGACUGUUAAAAUAGAAAACAAAAGAAAAUAUUCUUCAAUUUAUAAUCGAUUUGACUAUAUUAUUGAGUACAAAAAGUUUAGAAAUAAUGAUGUACGUCCUUGUGUAUUUGAGUGUCUUUGUUGUUCAGUAAAAAGAAUUUUUCAUAAGGGCACAUAUGAAGAUUUUGUCAAUCUUCAAUUUGAUAUUGAGUUCAACUCAGAUAUAACUCUCGAACAAAUUGUAUAUAUAAUCAGAGAUCAUAAUUCAAUUGAAGAAAGUAAUGGUAUUAGAUAUUACAACCAUAAUUUUAACUCACAAGUUGAAAAGUUUGAAUUAAUAGACUAUAGAAUUAAGAAUGAUAAACAUGUUGAUACGAUCGUAUAUCCUAAAGUAAGAAGAAAAUUAGAAAAUAGAUCACAUAGAACUAAAAGAAAAAAAAUACAAUUCAAAGGUUAUGUCGAGAAUAAAAUUGAUUAUGUAAUUAAAGAUUUAAAUAAUGAUGAAAAAUACGAUUCAGAUGCAUCAAUAUCUUUAUUGUCUUCUAACGAUUCUGAAACAACAAGACGUAGAAAAAAAGGAAAAACUGUUUUGUAA